GUUGAGCUGUGGGCUGAGAUUGCACCAUUGAGCUGAUACAGAGCGAGUGGUCUGAGCAGAGUGAUGUCGAGACAGGAGAUAUAUUCGCCGGAGGGGCUCCGUAUGGAUGGGCGUCGUUGGAACGAGCUUCGUCGGUUCCAGUGCCGUAUUAAUACCCAUCCUAACUCUGCAGAUGGGUCGAGUUUUGUUGAACAGGGCAAUUCGAAGGUGGUUUGUAUCGUGGAAGGGCCUAUGGAGCCCCCUUCGAGGUCACAGCUGUCAGCCACGGAGGCGACGCUGAACAUAUCGCUGAACGUGACGCCGUUCUCGUCGAUUGACAGGAAGAGAAGAAACAAGAACGAGAGACGAAUUCAGGAGAUUAUCACGAGUCUGAAGAGAACCUUUGAACAGAGCAUCAUCACGGAUAAGUAUCCAAGGACGACAAUAUCCAUCACGUGCCAUGUACUGACGCUCGAUGGUGGGUUGAUCAGCGCAGUGACAAAUAGCAUAACGUUGGCAUUGAUCGAUGCAGGUAUUGCAAUGUACGACUACAUCAGCAGUGUAAGUGCAGGCUUUUAUGAUAAUACGCCAUUGCUGGACUUGAACCAGCUGGAGGAGAACGACUUAAGCUACCUCACCAUUGGAAUCGUCGGUAAAAGUGAGAAAUUGGCGUUACUUAUACUGGAGAAUAAGAUCCCACUGGACAAAUUAGAAGGCGUAUUGGCCAUCGCAGUUGCUGGAGGACAUAGGAUUAGGGAUAUGAUGGAUAAGGAAGUGAGAAGACAUGGCGAACUUCGACUAUCGAAACUUGCAAACAAGUGAAUGCUACACACACAUGUAUAUCUAUGGUUGAAUGCCUAUUUGCACUAA